AUGUCCCCUGUUACUGUUGACCCUGCGCAUCCCGCGCCCGCAGUUCAUCCUCUUGAUCCCGCAACGGCCGAAGAACUCGAGGAGGCGGUCGCUCUUGUCUCCACAAAGUUUAAUGACGAGCCGCUCUUUUUCCAUGCGGGCGGCCUCGCUGAGCCGCCCAAGCCUAUCCUGCGCAAGUACCUCCGCGCUGAGCGUAGCGGCCAGCUGAUUGCUCCUCCCCCGCGUCGCAUGUCGCUCAUGUUUUAUAUUGCCAAGACCCCGCGGCUAUUCGAAGCUACAGUGGAUGUCACGAACAAGAACGUCGACGAGUUCACCGAGCUUCCGCGGACCAAGAUGGCGCCUUUGAACCCUGAAGAAGUGAACACAAUUUGCGACUUGGUGUACAACUCCGACGAGCUCAAGAAGGAGGCCGAGCGUCUGAAUAUCCCGCUAAGCCAUAUUGUGGCCGAGCCGUGGGACUUUGCUCGUGAUGCGGAAAACGAGCACGACCGGAAGGCUCAAGUUUUCUUUUUCAUGCGCGAUCUGGAGUCGGAGGAUCUGGAUGCGAACCCCUAUGCGUACCCUCUGGACUUUUUGAUGAUUAUUGAUCUGAACACGGACCAAGACAAGAUUUCCAGUGUGCCUCGCCUCCCGCUGGGCGUGAGCACCAAGGGCGACGACGAGCCGAAGGAUGGAUUCAAGUUUGGAAAGCCCAAGGCUCCAGAAUACGCCCACCACCUGCAAAAGGAGAAGGCUCGGACUUCGCUGAAGCCACUUCGCGUGGUUCAGCCGGAAGGCCCGAGUUUCUCGGUGGACGGCUAUCUGAUCGAGUGGGAAAAGUGGCGUUUCCGUAUCGGCUUCAACUGGCGCGAAGGCCUUGUCUUGUAUGAUAUUACUUUCGACGGCCGUGAAGUAUUCCACCGUAUCUCGCUUUCCGAGAUGGUGGUGCCGUACGGUGAGCCCCGUGCUCCAUUGCACCGCAAGAAUGCAUUUGAUCUCGGUAACCUGGGUGCUGGUUUCUGCGCCAACAACCUCGGCCUUGGCUGCGACUGUCUCGGUGUGAUUAAGUACUUUGAUGCCAACCUUCUCGGCUUUAAUGGUAAACCGUUCAAGACGGAAAAUGUCGUCUGCAUGCAUGAAAUCGAUGCCGGUAUCCAGUGGAAGCACACCAAUUGGCGUACAGGCAACGCUAGCGUCGUGCGUCGCCGUCAGCUGCAACUGCAGACGAUUAUCACGGUGGCGAACUACGAGUACUGCUUCUACUACAACUUCGACCAGAGCGGCGAGAUCAUGUUCGACGUACUUGCCACGGGUAUUCUCAGUACUACGCCUGUGGAUCCCGACAACAAGGACCCUUGUGAGUUUGGUACGCGUGUUGCGCAUGGUGUUCUGGGUCCCUAUCAUCAGCACAUUUUCAACCUGCGCAUUGAUCCCUGCGUCGAUGGUGAUGGCAACUCGCUCCAGAUUGUGGACAGCGUGCCGAUGCCCAGGGACGAAUUCAACCCUCACGGCAUUGGCUACCGCACCGAGAGCCGUGUCAUGAAAGAGUCGGGUACGGAAGAGAUUGACGUCGCCAAAGGACGUGUGUUCAAGAUUAUCAAUCCGAACAAGAUCAACCCUACUUCGCUGCAGCCUGUUGGAUACAAGCUGGUCCCAAUUCCAUCACAAAAGAUCUUGGCGCACCCUGACUCGUGGCAUGCUCGACGUUCCAAUUUUGGCGACGCGCCGAUCUGGGUGACCAAAUAUAACGAAGGUGAGCUGUUUGCUGCUGGAACCUAUACGAACCAAAACGAGGGUGAGGAGGGAAUCAAGUCCUGGGUUGAGCGUAAGGACAAUGUCGAAAAUGAUGACAUCGUCGUUUGGCACACUUUCUGCUUUACCCAUAACCCUCGCCCGGAGGACUUCCCUGUGAUGCCUGCUGAGGUGGCUCGCGUGAUGCUGAAACCUAACAGUUUCUUUGAAUACAAUCCCACGCUGGAUAUCCCGCCAAGCUCGCAGGCGUUUAACCAGAGCGUUCUGUAUGAUGACACGAAAGCAUCUCUGAAUGGUUAUGCGAAUGGUUACGCAAAUGGUCACGCGAACGGCCAUGCGGACGGCGUCAAUGGCGCGACGGAGGUAAUGGCCGGCUCUUCGCUCAAUGGCUCGUGCUGUGGCAAGACAUGA